AUGUGGACAAAUGAGGGUACAAUUGAGGGACUGUGCAAUUCACCAGUUUGGUGGCAAACUACCAAGAUUGAACGUAAACCAUUGCCAAAAUCAACAUUAGAACAUUGGAAAUCACUUCAGCCAUGUCUGAUUCGAUUUCCUAUUCAUUUGACUUCGAAUUUUAAAGAACUUACAAUCCAGUCAUUAAACCAAGAAAUCAAGAAAUCAUCUUCCAAACUUGAAAGUCAAAAAUAUAAUUAUCAAGAUGAGAUUGAUAUCACGGCUUGUUGCUUGGAUUUCGAUUUAGAUUAUCAACUUGAUUCAUGA